AUGGGCCGUCCCGACCCGCUGGCCGCCCGUCGGUGCUUCUCCCGCCUGGAGUCUCUGCCCGUGGAAAUCCUGCAGCUCAUCUUCCUCCACAGCCUUGAGAUCAACCUCCCCCGUGCAUCGCCGCAUCUCGCCCGCGCAUUGUCGAACCCCGCGUUGUACACAUGGCUUAUCCGGCUGGCCUUCAGCAGUACGAACCCUGGAUCGCGGGAGGGCUUUUUCACGCCGGACUUCCUGCCGCCGCCGCUCGAUUUCUGGGCGCUAGGGUGGGAACAGAGGCAGCAACUGCAGAGUAAGACUCUUGCGUGCCGGUGGUGCACGCUGUCGUUAAUGAGGCGGUGUCAGCGCGAGUAUGUCCAUCAUGCUAUCCGGCGCAAGUGUACGGAUUUCAUAUUUUCGGACGAGGAUCGGACUGUGCUGGAUUCCUUGGACCGGCGAUUCGAUGAUCUCGAGGGGUGUGAUAAGGCAGUGGAUGGGCGGCGUGGGAAAGGGGACCUUGUCAUUCCUGCCCAGCUACCGGAUGGCGAGCGCCCUUCGUCGUCGCGCGGUGUUGACCGCAAGGUUGCGAUAUGGUUUCAUUUCGGGGCUGUUCAGAUCCGCGAGCCCCAUGAGGUCUAUUAUGAGAAUGACCUCUUUCGACUGCCUUCCUCAGUGGUGAUUGGGCCCGGCCGAAUACCAGAUAAAGUGCUGCAGGAACCGUGGUCGGAUUCGCAGUUCGAGUUUCUGCAGCUGCUCUCCUCUGAUUUCUACUUGGAUGAGGAUGAGCAUUCUCCAGAGAGGUCGGUGGAGAUCACGGCGCGCUUGAUUCGCAAGCGCAAGAUUGAGCCGUUUCGCCGUCUACUUCGAAUGUCGUUUCGUGCGGCAAAUUGCCGCGUGCCGGUGGGCUGGCCGCUGCAGCCUUCUCACUAUCAUCUGGUCCAGCGCUAUGGAAGUGGACCGGGGGAUCCUUUUGCGACUUUUAUCCUCAAUGAGCGGUGGGGGAUGAUCGAUGCCUCUGAAAAGGAGGGCUUGCUGCGGUUUGUCGAAUCGCCCGAACCUGCUAGUCAAAACAUUUGA